UCCACCCACUCCCUUCCCCAAACCCGUCAACAUGACUCACGCUCAUCUCGCUCUUUGCCUGCUAUGAUCUUUAUAACAAAUACGCACAAUGGAAUUAAAAAGCGUAGAUUGACAAUUCAAGUGUUUUCAGUGGGACUUUUCAUGUUCGAUUACCUGAGAGGAGAAUGGGUUCCUGGAGUGUCUUAACCCCAACAUCUGUCUUGAUCCUGGCUUCCGCACUUCUCCUCCUAGCCACAUCUAUCAAUGAGACAGGCAAGUGCAACCAUGCCAUGGGAACACUAUCACCUCCAAGUUCCCCUUCAAGUAACACUGUCCUGACUUGUAUUGUCACUCAGUCAAAUCUUCGAAUUCCCUAUCUAAUGGCUUAGUGGGAGUACCAUUACCACUAGGACUGCAGCAGUACAUGAAGAAGACCCACCAACACUUUCUCAGGCAACCAGGGCUGGACAAUAAAUGCAGCAUGAUCAGCAUUGCCCACAUCCUGGGAAUAAAUAAGAAAAAAGAAUUUGAAAGCGGUGACCUGAAGAAAAUGAAAGAGAUUUUUGAAUACCUAUGUCCUUACAAGUUUCUUGGAGACAAACCUAUGCAAAUGGUGUGACUACACUAACCCAAUAUGCGAGGACAAUGUGUGUUACAGCAAUUGUACCUUGAACUCCUACUGUGCAAGUUCAGAGGAAAUAUGUGUUGCCAUAUGAAAGACAAUGAAUCCACAAGUGUUCAAACUAUGUGCCACUAUCCACAUUUACCUGUGGAGGACAUAAUAAUCACAACUUAUAAUACAACAGUUUGUAUCAUGACUGAACAGCCCACAGGGAAAGGAAUGAUGUAUGUUUGUGGCUGUACCAAUGAACAGGAAUGUAAUGAUAAACUUAUAUUUGAAGCUGACCUAAAUGAAUAUCCAAUACCACAAAGCAAUGAGGUAAUUCCUGUGGCAGUGUUGAGCCUACUUCCACCAAUCCUGAUUGCUUUCAUGGUAACGAUGGCAUUUUAUCUCUUUCGUACUCGACAACAGAGAAAAGUGACUAAGGAGUGGCCACAGAAACAGAUAGAGCACCAAAGCCUAACAAGGACUGAUGUUAGAAAAGCUGGAGAGUAUGAUGGAAAAUGCACUGUGGCAAUUGAUGAUGGUCAGUCUGACAUCAGUGCAACAUGUGCCAACAACAUCAAUCAUAAUAAUGAACUUCUGCCCAUUGAGCUUGAUGGCAUUGUCGGAAAAGGCAGAUUUGCAGAAGUAUGGAGAGCAAAACUCAAACAUAGUGCUUCAGGGCAAUAUGAAACUGUUGCAGUGAAAAUCUUUCCGUGUGAAGAAUAUCCAUCGUGGAGAACGGAAAAAAAGAUUUUCUCAGAUGUUGAUCUCAAACACGAGAGCGUACUCCAGUUUCUCACAGCAGAGGAAAGAGGAAGAGGAAUGGAAAAGCAAUACUGGCUUAUUACAGCCUAUCACAGCGUGGGAAAUCUACAAGAUUUCCUCACCAAUCAUAUUCUGACGUGGACAGAGAUGUACAUGAUGACAGGAUCCCUUGUAAAUGGGGUUGCUCACCUCCAUAGUGACUAUACAGCUUGUGGCACCCCAAAGAUUCCUAUCUCCCACAGAGACAUUAAAAGCACAAACAUUCUAGUUAAAAACAAAAGGGAAUGUGUAUUGUGUGAUUUUGGGCUGGCUCUGAGGCUUGAUCCAUCUCUAACAGCUGAAGACUUUGCUAAUAGUGGCCAGGUUGGCACUGCCAGGUAUAUGGCACCUGAAGUUCUAGAAUCCCGUGUUAACCUGGAAGAUCUUGAGUCAUUUAAACAGAUGGAUAUUUACUCAAUGGCUUUGGUUUUAUGGGAGAUGGCUUCUCGAUGUGAAGUCAUUGGAGAGGUGAAAAGUUAUGAAUCACCUUUUGGUUCAAAGGUCCGUGAGCAUGCAUGUGUUGAAAGCAUGAGGGACAUUGUACUACGGGACAGAGGUCGCCCUGAAAUUCCCAGCAACUGGCUGGUGCAUAAAGGCAUGCACUUCCUGUGUGACACUAUCAUAGAAUGUUGGGACCAUGAUCCUGAGGCACGUUUAACAGCACAUUGUGUGGCUGAGAGGGUCAAUAUGAUGGUACAAAUGAACUGUGAAGAUUUCCUCAAUAACAAUACAAGCAAUGAAGCGAGCAAGGAAGAAGGUUCUAAUCCCUCAGAUCUCGGGAGCCCUGUUGAACAUAAAAAUAUUGAACUAGUCGUGGAUCUGUGAACAAAUUCAAGCACCAAGAGAAGCAUAAAUUUUGGUCUCUUUGUACAUGAAAAAUCACAUGGCUGAAUUCCAAAAAUAAAAAGAAGAUGUCAUAUGAA